AUGGACAUCGACGACGAAGCACCGCCUGACCUGGUGGAAACAACGCCAGCCGUUGCAGAUGAGGAGAACCCAGCAAUGAAAGUGCCCAUCACCAUUGUUACGGGCUACCUUGGUGCUGGCAAGACCACGUUGCUGAAUUACAUCUUAACUGCCCAGCAUGGCAAGAAAAUUGCGGUCAUUAUGAAUGAAUUUGGCGAUUCUCUUGAUAUUGAGAAGUCCCUCACGGUGAAUAAGGGCGACGAAAAGGUCGAGGAAUGGCUUGAGGUCGGCAACGGUUGUAUCUGCUGCUCAGUCAAAGAUGCCGGGGUAAACGCUAUAGAGAGUCUGAUGGAGAAGAAGGGGGCGUUUGAUUACAUUCUCCUCGAGACGACAGGCCUCGCAGAUCCGGGCAACUUGGCUCCCCUAUUCUGGGUUGACGAUGGCCUUGGAAGCACCAUCUACCUCGACGGUAUCGUUGCCCUGGUCGAUGCCAAGAAUAUUCUGCGGAAUCUAGAUGAUCCCUCGGGCAAGGUUGAAGGGCAUGUUGAUCAUAGCCAUGGUCCGCUCGUGACAACUGCUCAUGUUCAGAUUUCACACGCCGACGUGAUAGUCAUCAACAAGUGCGAUCUUGUCGAUGCUGCAGAACUCGACCAAGUCAAGUCGCGCAUACAAGCCAUCAACGGAUUGGCCAAAAUUCACGUAACAAGCCAAAGUGAAGUGCCCCAGCUGGAAGGACUCCUUCUGGACCUCCACGCCUAUGAUCAGGUUGAUACCUUGGACACGGCGGACAAGGGUCACAGUCAUCUCGACUCUACCAUUUCCACCUUCGCAAUCAACGUGCCGCCGCUCGAUUCAGAUCAGCUCGCAAAGGUUGAUGGUUGGUUGCGAUCGAUUUUGUGGGAGAGUCUGGUGCCGGGCGUGGGGACGAAUGAGACGAAAGAGGUUGAAAUCCAUCGUCUGAAGGCACGCCUGGUCUUCAAAAAUGGAGAUAUAAAGAUGGUCCAAGGCGUUCGGGAGAUAUUUGAGAUUUUCGACAGUGCCGUACCACAAACCCUUCGAGGGAUGCCGACUCCAUUCGGAGCUCAACAACAGCAACAACAACCUCCACAGCCAGGUAGAUCAGUGACAAGUCGAUUACCCAACGGCAAAUUAGCGAAUAAUGGAAGUGGGUGGGUGUUUGGAGGUGGUGUCCCCAUGAGCGGUGGAGGACUUCAAAAUCCAGCAAGACAACUAGGAGUAGGAGGAGGAGGAGGAGGCGGAGGAGGCGGAGGAAACCUCAGUUUCGCUCAAAGCCUGAGUGGUUCGCAACCAGCAACACCUCUCGAUUUAUCCGAGUUCCCAUCACUGUCAAACAACGCUCAACUCUCCUCAGCAGGCCAAUCAUCCUUGUGGUCGAUAACAGGAAGCAGAGGCAUGGCGCCCAUACAGAGAAACCAGCCCACUCCAUCCUCCCAACAGGGCCAACAGGAUGAUUUCUCAUCCGCUUCGCGUCUCACCUCGAAUCAGGGCUCAUUUCGAUUUGGCCAAGGAAGCGUGGGUCAGGCAUCGCAACCGCAGCCGGGGAGCAUUGACGACUUCCCACCGCUAAAUAACAAUGACUUUCGAAAUGGCACCGGUGACAUUGGACAGGAACGCGCAUCGGCUUUAAUGUCCGUCUUCAAUGCCCAAGGAAGCCCCGCCCCGACGUCUCUGCAAGGCCGAACCGGCAACGGUUUGCUUAAUGCUUUGUCGGCAAACACUCGAACAACCGAGGUGCGGUCACCUGAAUCUGCGACACCUGAUAGUCCCGUGCAAUCUACCGACGGGCGGAAUCCUCUGGGUGCUGUUGGCAACGACGCGCCUGUCAGCAAAGCGAACCCUGGCACGGAGGAAAAGGAAGGUCAGCCGACAACAGUUCAUGAUCCCUUGGCCGGCAUGGCACCCAUCGACAAGUGGGGCCUGAAGGGACUGAGAACGCUUAUGAAUAAUUACCCGGAUUACAAUGCCGCGGUGACGGGUGUGGAUCCGACGCAAUUCGGACUGAAUAUGCAGUCUCCUGAACCGAUAUCGACCCAGGUUUACUCUGUGGUCAAUGAUGCACCUCCACGACCUGCCAUCCCUAACUUCCGUCUUCCCGAGUGCUAUAACGUGACCAACGUGCAGCCUUUAGAGAACAAAAUAUCGAGUUUCAAUGAGGAGACUUUGAUGUGGAUGUUCUACAGCUGCCCAGGCGACAUGAAGCAGCACAUGGCAGCGAUGGAACUGAACAACCGCAACUGGAGGUGGCACAAGAAGAUUCAGGUCUGGCUUACGAAGGAUGACCUGAUGACGCCGCGCCCCCUCAGCCAUACCCACGAAGAAGGCUACUACAUCAUCUGGGAUACCAACAACUGGCGGAAGGAUCGUCGGCAAAUGAUAUUGCACUAUGCAGAUCUGGAAACGCUCAACCAAGGAGCUGCUGCGUGA